AUGGUAGAUGACAACUCUAGUAAAGGUACUAUAGUGAGUGGUAGAACUUGGAAGGUGAACAAGGGCGCCUUCCGUGUCACUAGUAAGGUAAUUAAGAAUAAAAAGCUGACAUCAUGGGAACUAAAGCAGCAGAAGAUGUUGGAAGAUAAACAAUUCAAGAAUAAGUUGAAGGAUUUAAAGCAAGAAAAGCAAGAAGAGCGGGAUAGCAGGAUAAAUGCUUUGAAAGAGAGGAGGGAAAAGAAGGAAGAGAAGGAGAGAUACGAAAAAUUAGCUGCUAAAAUGCAUGCAAAGAAGGUCGAAAGAUUAAGGAGGAGGGAAAAGAGAAAUAAGGCAUUAAAGGAACGAUAG